AUGGCGCUGUUAGGUUUUCACAUAGUAUUGUCGUUGAUUGCUGCCACUUUAUACAACAAGUUAGGACCUGACUUUAAAGCAUGCGAUUGGUUGGUGUGGAGAGGGUAAGUUAAUGUAAACUUGGUGUUAUCGCUUUAGAUUAAAGUAUUUCUGGCUUCCCGAGCCUCAGGACAACUCUGAGAACAAGAAGCUGAGGAAGAGAGGGGUCAAGGCACAAGAUGUCGACUUUAAAACCAGUGUUUUGUGCGUCGAUAUGAACUUUGCCGUGAUGGGAAGGCUGACCUUCUUCAACUCUCUCCAGUGGAUGGUCAACUAUGGAGUCUUGUCGUUAGUAGUGUUUUGUCUUAGUCAACUGUGGUGUUUUUUACUGCCUUUGGACGAUUCUACUAACGUGUCGGUGCUGUGGUGCCUGUUUUCUAUAUCUUUUUCUGUACAAGUAAGUGAAAAUCAAGUGUAGUAUCGAGUUUUUAGGUGAAGUUUUAAUAAAGAAGACGUAUUUAAUGGCUAAGCUUUACGUAUUUUGUGUCGUUAUUGAAUAUAACAGUAUGGUUUUAGAGUUUGUGCAAGAUCUUGUGGAUGAAGAUAUCAAAGACAGAGCUGAGUUCAGAGCGGAAUCUGGUGAUCUCCUUUUCUCUGCUGGCCUUUCUGUUCUUUGCCGUUAUUAACGUAUUUGGUGAUCGUUUUUUGAGCGAUAACUUGGGGCAAUGUGAGUUUUGCUUGUCUUAUAUUUGUUUAGUCAGAAAGCAAAGAGUAAAAUGGCAAUUUUAGGUAUUCUAAUUAUAAAUAACCUUCUUUUAUUUUUUUAGGCUUUGACUACUUGAUGGAGAACUCAAGAAGUAUUGCGGCCAAUGUUUCUAGCUUUAAGUUUGGUAAAAGUUCUCCGAUCUUGUUAUUCAUGUUUGCUUCAUUUACUGCCGCCUUGCUCUGUGCCAUUCUAAUGUUGCCUUUAGUUCAAUAUGCUUUGUUGUUUAAAAUUGCAGCUGAACGAGAUAGUAGCUUUAUGAGGUAAGUUAUUGUGAAAAAAAUGAAGAAUUUAAAUUUAAAAAUGGAGUAUAAUAACGUAACUUACUAGGGAAUUGCACCAAAUAUCCCUCGGCUUUUCAAACGAGACCUAUAUAGGAUGAAAGAGCAUAAAAAGUUACCGGGAAAACUGUUUUCAAAAACAUAGAUUCGGCUAGCGAGGUAUUAGCGAUUAAAGGAUUUACAUAGGGUUUUCUAUUUGAUCCUUCUCAUUCGUCUUGAGCAAAACGAAUGGAUUGAAACUUCAAUCCAGUGUGGUCGAGUGGUUAAGAAGUUAGUCGGGGGUGCAGCAGAGGGAAGUUCGAAUCCCGUCGGUUUCAUUUUGGCACCCAGCCAUACUGACAGGAGCCAAACAAUAUUUUGAUUAAAAAAAAUAUUUUUUAAGUCUUAUUUUUUGUUUUUAGACACUUUUAGAAAAAAAAUAAUUAUCAAAAAAUGUCAUUUUUUGAACUUUAAAGCUAUACCCUUUAAACGUAUAAGGAUAUAGAGCAUACUGUAACUUGCUAGCCAAGUCCAUUUAGCAGUUUUUGAAAACAGUUUUCCCGGUAACUUUUUAUGCUCUUUCAUCCUAUAUAGGUCUUGUUUGAAAAGCCGAGGGAUAUCUGGUGCAAUUCCCUAGUUAGGUUUAAUUUAAUGUUAAUACAGCAAAAAUUAUAAAUAUCAUGGUAAACUGUUAAGAAAUGUUGCAUCUUGUUUAUCUUAUUUAAUUGAAAAUGACUGUUGUGAUGUAAAUAAUUUUUUUUCAGUAUCAUCCACAAACUGGUGUUCAUCUUGCCAUAUCUUAUCUUACCUCUCUACUUGGCCCCAGUCCAGAAGAUAUUCUUAGACCAGAUCUCUAGUUUGGACUCUGAUAUCUACAGUACUGUAAGGAAUGCGUUAGUGAUAACAUGGUCAUUGCUUCGUAUCUUGACGCUGAAGUCGCUGUUACAAGCCUAUCUUCUGAAUGCUUGGGAAAAGGCCCAGGCUUUCACGAAGCACCCUGAGGCAUUCGAAAGUGUAAGUCAUUUUGUAUUUGAGAUUUAUAGUACUGUAUUCCAGUUUGGUUUAAACUUUGUAGAGAAAAGUAGAAAAUAGGCUUUUUUGACUUAGUUUCGACAAGAAGAAGGCAUUGUUAUAUUAUUGUAGAAAGAAUGUCUUAUAUUAUUGUAGAUUGUGAUUUCAUACGAUUUUUGGUAAACAAAAUUAAGGGUUUUAGGUAACAGGAACGUUGAGAUAGUAAGCAUACAAAGUUAACACUUUUACAUAAAAAUAAAACGUCAUAACAAGCCUAAUUUUGGGAUUUGCGCCGUUCCGUCAAGGAUAAUAUAAUAAUUGCAAGAUUUUUGUUUUUUAUUUUAACUCUGGCUAUAGAUGAAGAUAAACAAAGGCUACAGAUGUUACGGACAGUUAGAGAACAAUAUAAUAAUUCAAAUAAACAAGAAUUUUAUUUACAGCUCCGAAGCCAUCUCUCGCUUCUGGCCAUGACCGCGUUGCAGUUGUUGUCGCCGGCUGUCUUGAUUCUGUUUGUCAGUUUGGCCGAGAUCGGGCUAGGCCAGCUGACUGGAGUCAGGCCGUCUCCCGUGGUGAACAAUCUCCAGGUGUUACUGGACUACCGUGUUCAGAGGGUCUUCUGGGCCUACCUCAACGCUGUCCUUCUGACGUUGCACGUUGUGUUGUCUUCGAUUGGGUUGACCUUCUCUUAG